AUGGACCGUCGAGAAAUGUCAAGACGAAGAACUUUAAUACAAUUGGACCAGCCAAUUUCUUCAAUCAGAGCAAAAAACAAAGCUGUAGACGAAGCAAAAAAGAAACAAGAAUCCAAAAAUACUUUACAUGAUUUACUUGGUGCAUAUAGUGAGAGUGAAGAUGAGGAGGAGGAUACUGUGCAGAUUGCCAAACAAACUAUUCCUCCGACAGUUGGAAAUACUGAUUUUACCGGAGAAACAAAUGAAUCUAUAGAUUAUCCCGAAGAUAGUAUAGAAGCAGCUUUGAAAAUGUUCAUGUCUGAAAUAAAUGCACUGCCAACUUCUACCAAUUCUCCUGCAUCAUCAAUAGCAGCAGCAGAUGAUGAAGUCGGAAAUAUUUCUAAAAAAGUUUUAGAAGCUAAAGAAAAUGAAACUGCUAAUUCGCAAUCAGCUGCUAGCGUAGUCACGUCCAUUAUUAAAACAUCAGGCGAAUGGCAACAGUGUUGGGAUGUAGAAAGUGAACGAUACUAUUAUUACAAUACCAAUACAGGCGAAUCUCGUUGGGAAUUGGAAAAUUUUCCUGAAACUUCCACAAAAGAUAAAAAUUUGUCUCUAUCAAUUCCUCCAUCUGACUCUCCAUUACACAUCCGUUCUCAUGACGUAUACAGCAGGCUUUCAAAUUUGGCACCAAUGGCAACACAUCUAAAUCUUUUAAGACAUCAGAUUGAAUUUUCUACUAGAAUGUAUGAUUGGCAAGUUGGAGCUUUGAAUUCACUAUAUUUUGAAAAAGUAAUAUUAGAAGGUCUUGAGAGAUUAUUAGAAGGAACUGAAGAACAAAUUACACCCACAGGAUGGAAAUGCAAAUGGAAAUCUGAUGCUCAAACUUAUACAUGGACACAUCUACAAACGAAUUAUGUCUCUAUUAAGUAUCCAACAGCAGAAUUAAUUACUGGCCUUGAAUCAAUUCCUGAAACCAACCAAGAUUAUAAUUCUAGCAUACCUGCUACAUAUAUUUCUUCAUUGGAUCCAAUCACCCAACAACAAUAUUUUGUUGAGCCUGUUGACCAGGCAACUACUACAACAACAACUGCAACGGUAGCAUCAUCAAAAGAUCAUUCACAAUAUUUUGUUACUGGUGACAAAAAGCGCAAGAAAGAAAAAGAAAGUAAUGUCGCUAGUAGUAGCAAUAGCAGUGUGUCAUCAGGAUUUCGGAAUAAGAAAAUGGCUUCUCUUGUUGAGAAAUGGAAGGCAGUUGAAGAUGAUUUACUUUCUAAUGAUGAUUGGGCUGAUUAUCAAAAAGGAUCGACAAAAUCCACAAAUCCGGAAUCAUGGAUUAAAGAACAAAUCGAAUCAGGCGAAGCAUUAAAUAAUCCGAAUUUAGAACCAAUAAAAGAUUUUUUGUAA